CGAGAAUGCUAUUCCUCCUGGCCGUUAUAGUACUAGCUGACCGUAAUAGUACUAGCUGGCCAUGUGAUAUUUGUACGAGUGUACAAAAAACCCACAGUAGUAAAACCAAGGGUUUAAAAGGUAGAUUUUCGUUAUUUAAGAAAGCGAUAAAAUGUCUGGAAAAACAGCACCGUUUGCCUUAGAAGCUGCCAUCUGUAAAGGUAUUCUAGGGUCUCCAACAUCUAUCUCCUACGAAGCAAGGCAACCCCAGCCAGCAGGGCUGUUCUACGAUCUUGAUGAAUUUGAAGCUAACCUUGAUAGAGCCAGGGAUGCAUUUGGCAAAGGUUCUUUACAUGCAAUGGCCAUCAAAGCUAAUCCAGUUCAUGCUAUGGUCAAAAUUCUAGUUGAAAAGGGUUGUGGUGCUGAGUGUGCAUCCAUUGGUGAAGUGUUAAAUGCUUUGGAAGCAGGAAUGCCACCAGAGAACAUAGUCUAUGACUCACCAGUCAAGACUGAUUGUGAAUUAAAAUUUGUUUUGGAGAAGGGAAUUCAUUUGAAUGUUGAUAACUUUCAAGAGCUACAGGUUUUGACUGAGAUGAUGAAAGGUCAAAGUGAGUCCAAGGGAACCAUUGGAUUAAGAAUAAACCCAGUCAUGGAUGCUGGUGAUAUCAAAGCUUUGAGUGUUUCAUUGCCAGACUCAAAGUUUGCAGUGCCAAUCACAGAAUCUACUAGAGAGGAAGUAAUUAGUUGGUUUGUUGAAAGACCAUGGCUGACAUGCGUACAUGUUCACAUCGGUUCUCAGAGCUAUGGUGUGGAUGGACUUAGUGAAGGUGCCAAGCAUGCUGUUGAUUUUGCUAAGGAUAUCAAUAAAAGAGUUGGAUUCAGUCAGAUUCAUACCAUUGACAUUGGAGGAGGAAUGGGAGUCAACAGAGUUGAUGACAGUAUUUCACCAUCUUAUCAAGAUUAUGCUAACUCUCUCAAGAAAACUGUUCCUGAAAUAUUCCCAGAAAGAGGAGUAUUCAAGAAACUCAUCACAGAAUUUGGGCAAUCACUAAAUGCAAAGGCUGGGUGGAUUGCUAGUAAGGUGGAAUACACCAAGAAAGUACCUGAUAAGGACCACACAAUAGCUUUGAUUCAUGUUGGGGCAGAUAUGUGCAUGAGGACAUGCUACAACCCUACUGUUAAGAAAUAUCAUAGAAGGGUUGAAGUAUUUGAUGGAAAAGGAAUCAAGAAAACUGGACAGCCUAUACUUCAUGACAUUGCUGGUCCAUUGUGUUUUGCUGGAGAUGUUGUCAGUAAACAGGUGAUGCUACCUCAGAUUGAAAAAGGAGAUUUUGUUAUCUUGCACGACUGUGGUGCAAAUUCCAUUGCUACAUUCUCCAGGCAUUGCAGUAGAUUUGUACCAUCUGUGAUUGGAUAUCGUGUAAAGAAUAAGGAAGUUGAAUUUGAAGUUCUCAAGGAGGCAGAAACUGUUGACCAACUGUUGGCCUUCUGGGGAGCAAAAAAGAAUUAAAAUCAAGGAUAAAGAAUUCCAAUACAUUUGUGAUGAGUCAUUUCA